AUGGGAGAAACUGGCAGAGAUACCGAGGGUCCCUGGCUGUUCUCCACCUGCGGGGCCAGCAGCCCGCGCGGACCCACACAAAUACAGCGCGACCGGGAGUACGCGAGCAGCGGCAUGGUGGUGACAGUGGGGACCGCGGGACCGUCCAGAGGCUUGCAGUUGUGGCGGGCGCCGGGUCUUGCCCGCACCUGAUCUCAGCCUACGGAAGCUGCGGGAGGCAAAGGCGCGGAGAACCACCUGUCGCGAGCGCACGGCGUCUUCGUCUCGUCGGUCAUCUCCCUUGGUCGCGGAGAGCCUCUCUACAUCCUCGUGGGGCAGCCGGGGAAGGACGCUGGUCCUGGAGUAAGCGGAGCCGGCGGGAAGCGGGAGGCUCAGAGCCCGGCGGCGAGGGCCGGGGGUAGGGCUGCCUCUGCGUCCCAACCCCGACGCAGCGAGGGGAGGGUCCGGGCCUCGCAGGGGAGCCCCGAGAGCCAACUCGCCUGCCUCGGAGAGUCUCUUGCCGCCGAGUAGUACGCAGCGACGGGCGGGACCGAAGGUGUCCCGGGGUCCGAGAGUUGGGCGGGAGGCGGCGGGGGCGCCACCUCCGUGUUCCAGUUGCGCGCCGGCGAGCUGGAGCCCCUGCUGGUGGCAGCCGGUGGGGGCGGGCGGGCCUACCUGAGACGACGGGACAGAGGCCGAGGCCGAGGCCGGACUCAGGACCCGGGAGAACUGGAGAACCUCUUAGCGGCGCCUGGGAGCAGCGGGAGAGGGGAGAGGAGGGGGGGUGAUGCUUCAGAGACUGACCUACCCUGGGCUGAUGGGGAAGGUGAGGUCUCCUUCAUACACCCCAGCAGUGAGCUCUAUCUGCAGCCCCUGGCAGGUAUCAGUCUCUGUGGAGAUCUGCUGCAUCUUAAUUGCAGUCACUGCCCUUUGAAAACCUGCCAAUGGCGGGCAGCAUGCCAGUUGUCCAUGUGUAUGUACCCAGAGGGCAUGGUGCUGGCAGCAGAUAACAUCACCUGCACAGGGUCUGGAUCCUGGGGCCAUGGGCUGGAUCUGCCCACUGCUCCAGGUCCUCUGGUUCUGGUGGUGGCUGUGGUGACAGUCUCAACACUGAGCUUCCUUAUGGUGUGUGGGGUCCUGAUCCUAGGUGGGGUUUGGGCCGAUCCAGACCUUGCCUCUGCCCCCAGGGCUCACCGAGGUUUCCCCAGCCAAUGUCACCCUGCCCAAACCCUGCCAGAACUCUGCUUUCAUCAGGACAAGCUGGAUUUCCUCAUGGAGGCAUUCAUCUUCAGCAAGUUCAGCUGUCAGAACCUCAUGAGACAUGUGGGGCUCAGCCUCUGGGCUGUCCCUUGCCUCAUUCUGCUGGAGCUGAUGGCUGGUAGGGACGUGAAGAGUUUUCUUAGGCAUAGCCGACCACACCUGGACCAGUCAUCACCUCUGACCAUGCAAGACCUGCUUCACCUGGCCCAGCACAUUGCCCAGGGCUACUACCUGGAAGAAAAUCAUUUCAUCCACUGGGACAUUGCCAUGUGGAACUGCCUGCUGAGCUGCAGUGGACCCAACUGAGAGGUCAAGAUCAGGGAAUUUGGGAUGGCAAGAGAUAUCUAUAGGGCCAGUUAUUACCACAAGGGGGGCCGGGCCUUACUACCAGUAAAGUGGAUGCCCCCAAAGGCCUUCCUGGAGGGCAUCUUCACAUCCAGGAUUCCUGUUGAUAGCCCAUCCUUUUGGGUGCUGCUCUGGGAGAUCUUCUCACUGGGCUACAUGCCCUACUCUGGCAGCACCAACCAAGAGGGCCGGAUAGAUCCUCCCAGGGGCCACCCAGGUCCUGUGACAGUGUGGGUUGCUGCCCAGGGAGGGAAGCACCAGCCUGAACUCUGCCCUGGUUUUACCAGCAUCUUGGCGCAUCUUCAAUACCAUGCCCAGGACCCUGAUGUGCUGAAUUCACCCCUGCCAAUAGAGCUGGGGCCCAUCCGGGUGGAAGAAGGGGCUUUCAGGCUACAGAGCAGAUCUUUGGAGGGCCAAAGAUCCCCACAGUCCCAGGAACUGAGUCUGGAGAACUUGAAAGGCUGGGGAGGGAGUCCCCUUAGACCCUGGUUGCCCUCUGGCCUUAAGCCCCCUAAAUCCAAGGGCCUCCAACCUCAGAACCCUUGGAAUCCCACCUAUGGCUCCUGGAGCCCUGAGGGUGAGGACUCAGUAAUUGACAGUUAGCAAUGGCUCCUCCUUUCCACCCCUCCCCCAUCCUCUAGGUGCUUCCUUGUUAUUCCAGCAGCCUCUGCCCCCUGCAGUCUGCGCUGCGUGUCUGGGCCUGUCGCAGGGCUGGCCUGGCAGUCUUGGACUCUGCAUCCUGGAAACCAGUCCCAGGCUCCCUGGGAAGAAUUCUCUGGAUUACCCUCCCACCAUGAUGAUCAUCUUUCAUCUGGGCUAUCCCUAUACCAGCAGAUGCCUUUAAUAAAGAGCUCCUCUCCU